AAAAAUAUGUCAUUGAAAGAAGAGAGAAAGAUUUGUUCUAAACAUUAAUUGGAGAUAGCAACAAUAGAUUUAAAGUAAUCAACUGCUAAAGAAGAUAAAUAUCUUUGUAUAAAAUGUCUAAUUGAGAAAAUUGACAUCUAAAAUAUGGCCUUGGUGGAUGAGACCAAAAUUAUGAUCAAGGAAAUGAAAAAUGAAUAAUAAACUUUAAAAAUAAAGGAAAAUUAAAAGAGAAUAGAACAAUUUAAAUAAAUUGAAUGUCUGAUCAAAUAAUUUAAAGUUUAAGUAGAAGAUGUUGUUGAUAAAAUAUUAAUUAAUAUUAACUCAAGAAUAUAGUCAAUUGAAAAGGAUUUCGAAGAAUAUGACUCAAAGUUUAAAAUUUCUAAGUUUGAAGAUGAAGUUGAAAUUCUAUCAAAACAUUAUAAAGGUAGUUUCAAUUAUGAAAUUCCUUUGGAAUUUGAUAAAUUAGAUGAUGACAAUUAAUUCUAUGAUUCUAUAUAAUCAAUGUUUUAAUCAUUUACUAGUAAUUAAUCAUUCGUCUAAGUUAUUGAUACUUUAUAAUAAAAUAAGAAAAUUGAAUAACCAAGGGAGAUAAAAGCCUCAAAAAUUUAAAAUGAAAAAGAAAUAGAUAAAUCAGUAAUUAUUAUUAGUAUUUUAGAAAACUCCAAGUUUGAAUAUAAAAUGUAAUAAACAUGGAAAAGAGAUCAUAACAUUUAAUUUAGAUUCAAAUGAAACAUAAGCAUCUAAAUUAAUAUGUAUAGAUUGUAUUCAUAAUAAUGAUCCUAUUAAAUAUACUUCAUUAUAAGAUGCUUGUCUAAAAUGGGAUGAGUUUAAAGGUAAAAGUUAAGAUAAAAUCAAAACAUUUUAGAAUUCAAGAUUAUUUUAAUAAGAAAAGAUAAUCUAAAACCUUAAACAAAUUAGAGAACAACAUAACUAAAUCUUAAAUGAAUUGAUUGAAAAAAUAAAUAAUGAAUAAUAAUCAAUCUAAUUAGAAUAAUCUAAUAAGGGAUUAUAUUAAACAGAUUUUUAUGGAUUUAAUUAAGAAUAGAUUGAAGAAAUCACUUAAAUUUUAAGCAAAAAAGAUAAAUUUAAAGCUUUAAGUGAUUUAUAAGAUAAUAUAGAAUAAGAAGAUUAAAUUAGAUAUAAUUUAAUAACUAAUAAUCUAAUUAGUUUAUUUGAAUUCGAAUUAUUAAAAAGAGAAGACAUCUUAAAGAUUUCAGGGUAGGAUUAUUCUAACAUUAAUUUUACUUAAAUUGAAGAUUCAAAAAUUAAGAAUGAAAUUUAAAAGAAGAUUUAAAAGUUUAAUGUUUAUUAUAGCAUUUUCAAUUAAACUUUUAAUUUAUAUAAAUCUAUUAUUCAAAAUAUUUAAGAUAUAUAAAUUCAAAGAGACUCGACAAGUAAAGAAUAAAGUGAAGAAACUAUGAUAGAAACAAAUGUUUAAUUUGAUGAAAUUAUAUAGAAAUUUACAAAAAAUACAAUAUAAAUAAAGAGACUUCUAUCAAUUGAUUAAUUAGAAGAUUUAUAAAAGACUAAAUAAAUAGAAAUUGAAUAAAAUUCUCUAAAGAUUAUUUAAUAAUCAGAAAAUUAUUCAAAAUUAGAAUAAUAAUUCAACUCCUUAUAAUAAAGUUAUAAUGAUUUAAUCAAUUAAAAUGAGAUUUUAUUAAAUGAAAAAUAAUCUACUCUAAAGAACCACGAGAAAUUAAAAGAAGAUUGUAAUAAUUGUAAAUUAUUCUAUCUUAUAUAUUUUAGUCACUUCGCAAAUUAUUAAUCUUAAUCAACAAUUAAAUGAUAAACAAAGUGAAAUUACAAAAGCUAAUUAGUUAUUAGAAUAAACGAAAUAGUAAAAUUAAAAUUUAUUGGAUGAAAAAUAGUCUACUCUUAAGAAUUAUGAGAAACUAAAAGAAGAUUGUAAUAAAUGUAAAUGAUUUCAUUUUAUAUAUCUUAGAAACUUCACAAAUAAGUAAUCUGAAUCAAUAAUUAAAUGAUAAAUAAAAUUAAAUUUCAAAAGCAAAUUAGUUAACAGAAUAAAUUUAAGAGUAAUUCAAAUAAUUGUAGAGAGAUUGUCAAGAUAUUACAUAUCUACAAAAAUAAAUUUAAAUAGUAUGUUAUAAUAAUUAAUUUUAUUUGUAGUAGUAGUAGUAGUAGUAGUAGUAAAUUUUAGAUUAAUAUCCUUUAUAACUAACAUUUUCAUAAUAAUUUAAACAUAAUAAAUGUGAAAUAUCUUAAAAUGGUAAAGUUGUUGUUCCAAAUGAUAAUGGUGGUUACUUUUGUUUUAUUUGUGAUCAAAUGAUUCCAAAACAUGGAUUAGUCAAAUUUGCAUUUAAAAUAUUAGAUAAUUAUUAUGUAAUGAUAGGAAUUGGUUUUAGAGAUAUUAUAUAAAAGAGCAAUUAUUAUGAUUAACAUGGAAUUGGAAAAGGGUAUUAUAUAAAUUAUUAAUAAUAGAACAUAUUAUAUAUUUUAUGAUGGUAGAUGUUUUAAUCAUGAUUAAUAAGAUAAAAAUGAUAAAAAUAUAUCAUUUAAAUUCACCACUAAUGAUAUAAUUAUAAUAGAAGUUGAUAUUUAGAAUAAGUAUAUAAAAUGGAUUAAGUAAUCAACAAAUGAAUCAUUUGUAAAUAUUAAACUAUAUACUAAGACACUCAACAUAGAUACAUCUUAAAAUCUUUAUCCAUCUGUUAAUUUAUAUAACAAAUCGAAAGUAGAAAUAAUAAGUUAAUUCAAUAAAUGA